CUGCCCUGGAAAGCACCUUUGAGGCACAGGUGAAGGGUUUGAAGCAGGUACUGAUUCCAGCAGAGGGGCCUUGAAAGAGCAGCCGGGAGAGUUUGUUCUUGAAAGGUCAAAAGCCGGCUCGGUUCAGGCUGCUGAUGAAUAUUCUCAUCUGUACCGAGCUGUGCCGCUCCGAGGUUGCCUCUGGGUCUCGCUGCCUCUGUGCUCCUCCACUGGAGUAGCCCAGAGCGGCCCGACUAACUCGCACAUGAAAUUACUUGAAUUAGUUCAUCAGUCUAAACCCUCUAAAUGUUCAGUUCAGCCGAGGAGCCCUCGUGCUCUCUGCCCAGUGUCUGUAAUCUCUUCCUGCUGCUCUGUUCUUCUCGUGUUUGGGUUCAGAUCACCCCAAAUCAGCACAGCUUCGCCCAUUUGUUUUAGCACCCGUGGGAGAGCCGUACCAAACUGUUCAACACCCCUUUGGGACAAAAGGCUUGGCUGGCCACUCAUCACCUUGGAGUCUCAGUACUCUGACUGGUUUUCUAGUACAGAUUGAGCAGUAUUGAAGGUGUACAUAGCUUAAGAAGUGCACACGAGUCCGAUAAACCUUUGUUUUCUUCCAUCAAGCUUGCAGUCCCUUUAUUCAGACAGCCAGAUGUUACGCCAGACCUGUGAGAAGAAAGAGGAAAGACAUCCCCAGCCAUUUGGAUGAUCUCCCUCCCAUGAUGUUGAAGAAAGAUUAUGCCAAUGUCCCAAUAAUAAAUAGUGUGGACGAUGUAGUGAAAAGACUGCUGUCGCUGGAAAUGGCAAGCCAGAAGGAGAAGAUGAAAAUAAAGACACAGCAGCUGGUGGAGAAGGUCAGGAGGUCUCCCAACGACAAUGGCUCCUUUGAGGUGCAAGUUGCUAAGUUGACUGCCAAGAUACGCACUUACGAGGAGCAUCUUCAGAGGCAUCCCAAGGAUAAAAGUAACCGUCGUCGCAUGCUGAUGGAUGUAGAUCACCGGAAGAAGCUACUUGCGUACCUUCGCCGUGUCCGCUAUGAUACCUUUGAGAACACCUGCAAGCAGCUGAAUAUCCAGUACACCCUACCCCCUCCCUACUCCAGAAGGAUCACCAAGCGCUGGGUGGUGAAGAAGGCCUUCUGCCUCAAGGUUUUUCAGGAGGCGCGGAAGCUGAAAGCAGCCGAGAGGCUGAAGCAGAGAAGAGAGCGGCAAGCAAGAGCGAGACCUGAAAAGGAGAAACAGGCGCAGAGCGCGCAGGGCGAGGGGACGCCUGUGUAGCAGCACGCUGAGCCAGUCUCUUUCAAAAUAAAUAACUACCUAGAGA